CUUGAAGUGACCUCCAAUUGCUCAACAUGACAAUGCCACAGUGAUGUAUCCCAUAUCAUCUUAACCCAUUUUUUCAUCCCAUUUUGGUAACUUGUCCAAAUUUUCAGUGUUAUGUUCGUAAAAUCAUUGUACACAAAAUAUUUUCUCAAGAAUUAUGGGGUUCCAGAGAAAGACUCAACAAGUAAUUGCACAACUUACGCUUUGACUAAUUCAGCUCCAGUGAUCACCCGCACCUAUAGCAGUUUUAAACAGUACGUUCUCUGUUAAUGCAGAUUCUCUUUAGAAGUAUUACGUUUUUGAGUAAGCAUACCAAACGCAAUGAGGCGUUGUUCUUCAACGUAUGUUAGCUGAUGCUUCGAAACUGCAGUAAAAUUGUUUGUUAUUGAGCGUCAUAACCAAACUCAAACCACCUUUGGCCUUCCCUAUCUCGGACCCUUCAGUACUCCAGCUGGAAGUUGAUCAUUCUAAGCGUGAAAUUGAUCUGAGAGUAACCUGAAUGCAGAGUUGAAAUGUAAUAACGAUUAUGAAGUUAUUGAAAGGAAACAUUUCAUCAAUGAACCUCUCCUAUGCUAUAGUGACACCAAGAAAAUGUCAAGGCGAGAAGCUAAAUUGGUACCAUGGGUACCUCAUCAAGGCACAGUUUUCACCAAAGGAAGCAAGAACGGUUUUGGUCCUAUAUUUUGCCUGUUUUUGCUAAUGUUAUCGGUGACGAGCAUAAAAAUGGCUCCAAUCCCAGACCUGAAGGUGCCAGUCAUAUGGGUGCUGGGAGGACCCGGAUCUGGAAAAGGAACCCAAUGCGACAGAAUCGUAGCCAAGUAUGGAUUUACACAUCUGUCAUCUGGCGACCUUCUUAGAGCAGAGGUAGCCAGCGGGUCAGCAAGAGGCAAAGAACUCACGGCCAUCAUGGAGCGUGGAGAGCUAGUGCCUGUUGAGGUCGUGCUGGAGUUACUCAAAGAAGCAAUAAUCAAAGCGCUGCCAACCUCAACAGGAUUCCUUAUUGACGGUUACCCCAGGGAAAAGGAACAAGGGAUUCUUUUCGAGAAAAACGUCGCUCCCGUGAACUUGGUGCUGUACUUUGAGGCCUCAGAUGAAACGCUGGUGAAAAGGCUAAUGGGCAGAGCUCUAACCUCAGGAAGAGUGGAUGACAACGAAGAAACUAUCAAGAAGAGGUUGCAUACCUUCAAUACACACAACGAUCAAGUAAUUGCACAGUAUCCUGAUAAACUUAAGAAGGGACGAAAAUGGAGGUCUUCAUGGAGAAUUCGUCGAACAGUAGUGUCAGAAAUUCCCAUAGCAGCUGCGUGUUUGCGAGCCGAACGCCGGGGAGAACGCACAACUGACUGCCUCACUCUUUCGACAUUUUUCGGAGUUCUGAUGGUCCGUUGAAGUCCAUUUCUGGGUUUAGCGACACUUCCACACUCCCGAAAUGAGUCAACCCACGACAGAAUCGAAUUACGGCCAGGAACGAGUCUGUGAGGAGGAAUUUCAAAGCGAGCGCGGAAGGCACGUUGCGUAGCAACAACUGAGCGACCGUUAGAAAAGAAGCUCUCGACUGCGAAGGCCCGCUGUUCUCUAGACCAGAGCAUGAUGGCAACUGACUGGAGCGAGAAAUAAACUUGGGAACUUCCCCCUCCAGAUGCGCCGCCUCUCGCCCCUCUACCCGCCCAGCUCACCGCGCGGGAAUUUUUUCAAAUAAAUAAAUGCAGAAAGGUCGCCAGAUGAGAUUUUCAACGAUGUGACAUCCUACCUAGAUCCUCUAGUCAAAUAAAAAUGUUAGAAUGAAACGUUAAGCACACCAAAAAAAAAACACAGAUACUAUUAAAUUGUUAUUUAUUUAUUAGCAAAUAUGAUUACACUGUUGAAUCAAGCUGUU